AUGCCCUGUGUGUUGUAUCUCUUUGCAGAGGGUAGCACGUAUGAGGAGAGCAUCGGCAAUGAGGGCAGCAUCUGUAGUGAAAACGCCUUCUACAGACAGAGUGAAGGUAGGCUUCUGGCUUUCCCAUUCUAAAGUAUUUCACGCAUUUAUUGAAAGAGCAGAUAGGGGGCGGUAGGUAGCCUAGUGGUUAGAGUGUUGGCUUAGCAACCAAAAUGCUAAUUUGAAUCGCUGAGUCGACUAAGUGAAAAAUCUUUCGAUCUGCCCUUGAGCAAGGCACUUAACCCUGGUUGCUGUCAAUAAUGGCUGAUCCCUGGCUGUGAACCCACUCUCAGGGGGAUAUGCAAAAAAAAAACAUUUCCACUACACACUUGUGUUUAUUUGUUGACAACCAUUAUUAUUUAUUUUUUCAUAAAAUAAAUUCUGGUUCCGGUGGCAUGCAUUGAAACUGGUGGCUAUCUUGUGGCUUUUCUUUUGCAAAAUAACUAUAAAUGAACUUAUUUUCAAAUGAUUGUCAACAUAUAACAUCACAUUAAGGUGUGUAUAUGUAUUUAUAUGUAUGUAUGUAUGUAUGUAUGUGUAUAUGUAUGUGUAUGUAAGUAUAUGUACAGUGGGGAGAACAAGUAUUUGAUACACUGCUGAUUUUGCAGGUUUUCCUACUUACAAAGCAUGUAGAGGUUUGUAAUUGUUAUCAUAGGUACACUUCAAUUGUGAGAGACGGAAUCUAAAACAAAAAUCCAGAAAAUCACAUUGUAUGAUUUUUAAGUAAUUAAUUUGCAUUUAAUUGCAUGACAUAAGUAUUUGAUCACCUACCAACCGGUAAGAAUUCCGGCUCUCACAGACCUGCUAGUUUUUCUUUAAGAAGCCCUCCUGUUCUCCACUCAUUACCUGUAUUAACUGCACCUGUUUGAACUCGCUACCUGUAUAAAAGACACCUGUCCACACACUCAAUCAAACAGACUCCAACCUCUCCACAAUGGCCAAGACCAGAGAGCUGUGUAAGGACAUCAGGGAUUAAAUUGUAGACCUGCACAAGGCUGGGAUGGGCUACAGGACAAUAGGCAAGCAGCUUGGUGAGAAGGCAACAACUGUUGGCGCAAUUAUUAGAAAAUUGAAGAAGUUCAAGAUGACGGUCAAUCAUCCUCAGUCUGGGGCUCCAUGCAAGAUCUCACCUCGUGGGGCAUCAAUGAUCAUGAGGAAGGUGAGGGAUCAGCCCAGAACUACACGGCAGGAACUGGUCAAUGACCUGAAGAGAGCUGGGACCACAGUCUCAAAGAAAACCAUUAGUAACACACUACGCCGUCAUGGAUUAAAAUCCUGCAGCGCACGCAAGGUCCCCCUGCUCAAGCCAGCGCAUGUCCAGGCCCGUCUGAAGUUUGCCAAUGACCAUCUGGAUGAUCCAGAGGAGGAAUGGGAGAAGGUCAUGUGGUCUGAUGAGACAAAAAUAGAGCUUUUUGGUCUAAACCACUCGCCGUGUUUGGAGGAAGAAGAAGGAUGAGUACAACCCCAAGAACACCAUCCCAACCGUGAAGCAUGGAGGUGGAAACACCAUUCUUUGGGGAUGCUUUUCUGCAAAGGGGACAGGAUGACUGCACCGUAUUGAGGGGAGGAUGGAUGGGGACAUGUAUCGCAAGAUCUUCGCCAACAACCUCCUUCCCUCAGUAAGAGCAUUGAAGAUGGGUCGUGGCUGGGUCUUGCAGCAAGACAACGACCCGAAACACACAGCCAGGGCAACUAAGGAGUGGCUCCGUAAGAAGCAUCUCAAGGUCCUGGAGUGGCCUAGCCAGUCUCCAGACCUGAACCCAAUAGAAAAUCUUUGGAGGGAGCUGAAAGUCCAUAUUGCCCAGCGACAGCCCCGAAACCAGAAGGAUCUGGAGAAGGUCUGUAUGGAGGAGUGGGCCAAAAUCCCUGCUGCAGUGUGUGCAAACCUGGUCAAGACCUACAGGAAACGUAUGAUCUCUGUAAUUGCAAACAAAGGUUUCUGUACCAAAUAUUAAGUUCUGCUUUUCUGAUGUAUCAAAUACUUAUGUCAUGCAAUAAAAUGCGAAUUAAUUACUUAAAAAUCAUACAAUGUGAUUUUCUGGAUUUUUGUUUUAGAUUCCGUCUCUCACAGUUGAAGUGUACCUAUGAUAAAAAUGACAGACCUCUACAUGCUUUGUAAGUAGGAAAACCUGCAAAAUCGGCAGUGUAUCAAAUACUUGUUCUCCCCACUGUGUGUAUAUAUAUAUAUAUAUAUAUAUAUAUAUAUAUAUAUAUAUAUAUAUAUAUAUAUAUAUAUUUGCGAGAAAAAAACAAACAUAUGGGGGAUUGGAAGUGAUGCAGACAAUUACAUUGAUGGUAGUUAUAAUCUAUCUGCAAUCUUAAAGCUGAUCUACCCCCUAAAAAUAAAAUUAAAAAAACAUAAUAAUAAUAAAAAAAAAAAAAGUGUGGGACGUUUACUGUAUUACAAGGAACAAAAGCAGGUCUAUUUCACUCCAGUAGUUGGCAUAUUCUGUACAUUCACAAUUCACCUGUGGGAACAUGGUGGCUCUCAACACCCGACAACAGAAAGAGUUGGCCACUACUAUCCGAGAGAUUGUUCGUGCGAAAAUGACCUGUGCCCUCGACUUGCAAUUAAAACGGAUAAAUGAAUCUCUUGCCCUGCUCACUUCUAAAGUGGAUACCUACUCAACUAAAGUGGAAGGUUUCGAGACAGCAGCCAAUGUGACAGAGGGGCGACUCCAUGACCUGGAAACAGCGCGAACUAAGCUAGAAGGGGAAAUCAAUUUCCUAAACAGAAUCACUCGAAAAUCAUUCCCGUAAAUUCAAUGUGCAGCUUUGAUGCUGCCAUAGGACAAUGAUGAGGAAACCCUCUCAAUUGGGUAAAAGGAACACUAUUAUUAUUAUUGCUGAACUUCAUUAUUAUUAUAUUGCCUAUGUUCCAGGACAUUUAGACAAUGAUGACUCCACGCCAAUUAAUGAACAAUGGACAAUAUAUUGAGAUGCCAUACAGACUGGGGUUGCUUCCUUUUGGGGCUACAGUACAUUGCAGGAAACAUUUGUGACCGACCGGCUCAGUCCUAUGUAGCAAAAUUUGAAAUUGUGUUUCUUACAUUGGAUAAAAGUAGAGACUCAGAGCUAGAAAAGUGUAUAUCAUACACUGCAGUUGAGGACCAAUGGGAAAGUAAUUCUGCUUUGAAAGUUGAUAAACUUGUAACCCCACUUUUGAGAAAAUGGACCUACAAUGUUUUGGUACACCUACUGGAGAGCUCUUUGUCUACACCCAUUCAGCAUUGUUCACACCCUCUUAAGUCUUAGCCCCACCCAUCUCUUUAAGGAGUCACAUGUGAGGCCAUGUGCUAAACAGAGUGAGUAAGGUAGUGUAGUAAACAACCAAAGAUUUCAAGACUAAAAAUUGUGAAAGUAGUAGAAAAAUACACUUUAUCUAGUCCUAGGCCUAUAUCCUAAUCUGACUUUGGUGCAGGUCGUGCUGUUCUUCUCAUUACCGUCUCUGGUAAACACACACUAUUUAAAAUAAAAUCAAAGUAUAUUUGUCACAUACACAGGAUACGGAAAGUGUAAACGGUACAGUGAAAUGGUUACUUGCAUAUAAAUCAUAGUAGCAAUAUCAAAAAUAGAAAGUGUCCAGAUAAAUAUUGUAUAAAUAUUUUAUAAUUAUUGGAUGAUUCUUACUCAGACACACUUGUCUAAAUUGAUGGGUCAUGUGAAAGAAAUUGUAGUAUCGCGUCAAUGCUGGUAAUUAUUGCUGUCAAACAAAGAGUCUGCUUAGGCUGUACUUUGAUUAUAAGUUUUAUUUAUAUCACAAGAUGUCAGCAUAAGUUUACAGACCCUGCCGGGCUGGAGAACAGUGUCCAAAGAUAAUAUGUCUGUUCUAACCUCUCCUUUGUCUAGCCUAUACUUAUAAGGUAUGCAAAAAUAUGGGUUGCUCCCUCUGCUGUCCAAUCACCUGUCUCCCCUGGGGCGUCACCCUAAAAACGGCUCUUUUAGAACUAAAAUAAACAUCCCCUCAGGUUCCACUAGAAUAGUCAUAAUCUUAAUACACUACAAAAUGCUAUAACCACCCCCCAUCCACAUCUAGCUAGGUGUCUAGACAUGAAAUACAAUAGAUGACGUAAUCAACCCCAGACAACUGGCUAACUUGAAGGGUCAUGUAAUCAUCUGGUGAAGUGAAGUUUUUUGUUUAGACAUGUAGCUGGCUAUCUAGCUAAACAAUGAACCUAAUGGUGCUUUUAAGACAAUUACGAGGUCAAAUCAUCCAUCAGGUCGGAAAGUCGGGGCUCUAGAAAGAGGCCUGAGUUCCCGAGUUGGAAUUCCGAGUUGGAUGACUGUUCAAAACUAUUUUCCCCAGUCGGAGCUCGUUUCUUUCCGAGUUCCCAGUUGUCUUGAAAGCACUGAAGUCGGAAGUUGGAGAUUUCAGAGUUCCCAGUUGUUUUGAACGUGGCAAUAAUCCCAACCCAUACUGAUUGUCAUAGCUAGCCACCAUGCAUUAAUCUGCAGGAAGCUAAAGCUAACCAACUAGGUUAAAUGUUAGCUAGGCUACAUUAGGCUAUAACUAGCAAUGCAAAUGGUUUUCUGUGAUAAUAUUACUACAAAGAUCAUAAACGUAAUGUUAGCUAGCAAGCCAGCCAGCUAACGCUUGCUAGCUAGCUAACAGUACGCUUUAACUUGCAAUGAACUUGCAAUGUUAGACUGUAAACUCUCCUUCCAGACUCACAUUAAGAAUCUCCAAUCCAAAGUUAAAUCUAGAAUCUGUUUCCUAUUUCGCAACAAAGCCUCCUUCACUCAUGCUGCCAAACAUGCCCUCGUAAAACUGACUAUCCUACCGAUCCUUGACUUCGGCGAUGUCAUUUACAAAAUAGCCUCCAACACUCUACUCAGCAAAUUGGAUGUAGUCUAUCACAGUGCCAUCCGUUUUGUCUCCAAAGCCCCAUAUAAUACCCACCACUGUGACCUGUACGCUCUUGUUGGCUGGUCCUCACUACAUAUUCGUCGCCAAACCCACUGGCUCCAGGCCAUCUAUAAAUCACUGCUAGGCAAAUCCCUGCCUUAUCUUAGCUCAUUGGUCACCAUAGCAACACCCACCCGUAGUCUGCGCUCCAGCAGGUAUAUCUCACUGGUCAUCCCCAAAACCAACACCUCCUUUGGCCGCAAUUCCUUCCAGUUCUCUGCUGCCAAUGACUGGAACAAAUUGCAAAAAUCUCUGAAGCUGGAGACACUUAUCUCCCUCACUAACUUUAAGCAUCAGUUGUCAGAGCACCUUACCGAUCACUGCACCUGUACACAGCCCAUCUGAAAUUAGCCCGCCCAACUACCUCAUCCCUAUAUUGUUAUUUAUUUUGCUCAUUUGUGCCCCAGUAUCUCUAUUUGCACAUCAUCUCUUGCACAUCUAUCAUUCCAGUGUUAAUACUAAUUGUAAUUAUUUUGCACUAUAGCCUAUUUAUUGCCUUACCUCCAUAACUUGCUACAUUUGCACACACUGUAUAUAUAUGUAUUUCUGUUGUAUUUUUGACUUUGUUUUGUUUUACUCCAUAUGUAACUCUGUGUUGUUGUUUUUAUCGCACUGCUUUGCUUUAUCUUGGCCAGGUCGCAGUUGUAAAUGAGAACUUGUUCUCAACUGGUUUACCUGGUUAAAUAAAGGUGAAAUAAAAAAAAUAAAAAAUAAAAAAUGAAAACGACUUUCUGACCAAAUUUGAAAUGUAUAAUAUCUGAAAAUGUAGCCGUUGUUAAGUUGCGUCAAUUCAAAUCUGGUAUUAGGAACAAAAGAGGUCAAUACACGUCUUCUAAAAUAGACUAGUAUUUUAAUUAAUGCAAAACACUUCAAUGGUAAAUAUGAUGUUCGUAUAUACGGGUCCACUGAAAUACCACGCAGGGCACUCAGAGAACUGAUCCAUUGUUCUAAGUUCUUCUCCAAAUACUCUGACAGAGAUAGUUCCCGCUCCCUGCUGGCCAAUCAGAGUAGAGACUGAGCGUGGUUUAGACUUACUCAGCCUAUCGUUGGCGCACAGGCUGGUCCCAGCCCCUUGGCGCUUCACUAUAUUCCAAUCCCUCAGCCACAGUUAUAACAGGCAUUAUCUGCUCUGCUCUGCUCCGUUCAGAAUCAGAAUAAAUGCGUCCCAUGGCUCCCCCUUCUGGUAAUUGGGAUAAAAUUCAUAGUGCGGUUUAAAAAUGUAUAUGGCAAGGUAAACGAUCCCGGAUAAAAUGUAUACAUUUACAAAGAGGGAAAGACGUAGGAGGACUAUCUUUGACCAAACUUUCAAUUGUAUUUCCAGGCUCUAGCAUUUGUCCCCAUCCUAAAUUGGUUCAGACAAUUGGUUGAGUAUUUCCAGGCUCUAGCAUUUGUCCCCAUCCUAAAUUGGUUCAGACAAUUGGUUGAGUAUUUCCAGGCUCUAGCAUUUGUCUCCAUCCUAAAUUGGUUGAGUAUAGAGAUAAAUAUGAUGUCUCCUAUUGCCCUGGAAGAGGCGGUCUUCACUGGUAUAUCCCUUAAACAAUGUAAAUUACGAUUUGGUCCUACUUUUGCUCACACUUUCUAUUUGGUGCAAACUUGAAAAAAUAAACUGUAACUGGGAAUCAAAAUGGCAUGCCAAUACUCCAAUAUUUCACAAUAAUGCCUUGAGUUCUGGAGGGCAUCCUUUUGCAUUCCCCCAGUGGUGCAAAUGUGGAAUCCGUACGCUUACCGAUAUCAUGGACAGUAAUGGUUUGAGAACAUUCCAAGAUUUGAAAGAUACAUUCACAUUACCAGGUAAUUAAUUUUUUCUAUAUUUACAACUUAGGUCAGCUACCUAAUCAUCUAAUGAUGGGAUUUAUAAAUACAUUAUCUGGGCUCCUGAAAGGACUGAUCUCUAUAAUGGAUCAGGGUUACCUUUAUAUGCGUUUAUUGAUUUUUUUUUGUUGUACCUGUAACCCCGCUCUGAAAAACAUAAAUUUCUAAAAUAAAUAAAAAGUUGGUCACAAAAAAAGAAUAACAAAAAUAGACGAACAAAACACUAAGUACUACCGCCCUCUGCUGGCUGGUGUGUGUACAGCAAGACUUACUUUAAUCUAAAGAAACCUCUCGAUUAUGUCCCCAUCCCUUUUCAGAGCACAGCAUGGCAGAGACCCUCACGGUGGCACUGAGGGUGGCAGAGGAGGCCAUCGACGAGGCCAUCGCCAAGGCAGAGGGACACACCGACAGUCCGGUAACAUAUUCUGCGGGAGGUAGUUAUGUCUAAAAAGAGUAAUCAUCUUAUUGACUGUAUAUCUGACUUCGUUGUUGUUCUGACCAGGACAAGCAAAGCGAGGCGAGGUAUCUGCGAGACCACAGGGAAGAGCUGAUUGAGGAACUGACCACAACCAUUGUGCAGAAAGUACGUCCAAAUUAAUUUAAUUGAAUUUAUAUUCAUUUCUAUUAAAUUAAAUUCAACUCAAUUUAAUUUCAUACUAGAUCAUCCGGCGGAGGAAGAACCUGGCUGAGAUGAAGCCAGACUAUGACCUGGACUGGCCCCCCGACAACCAGAGUGGUGAUCAGCCCUUGGUUUCAAGCUCCCCCAGCUCCCAGCCCCAGAUCUCCUGCACCACUUCAGCCCGCGCCAAGGCCUCUAUAUGGGUUAGUAUGGAGUGUAAGGUUGUUCAGGGAACUACCUUACAUGAUCAGUAGCCUUGCCUAGGCUUUAGCUCAGAGGGCUAACACAGUCUUGUGCAGACGACCCAGGUUGCCUAACCUCGAUAUCCAGGCUUCUUCAUGUUUGUUCAGAAAGCUGAGUGAUAAAUGAGACUUGGAAGCAUGGUAACUCAAGACUAUGGGUUGCCUAACGUAAAGUCUUGUGUUAGUUGAUGCCCAGGCUUUAGCUCAGAGGGCUAACUGCGGCAUGCAGUUGAUCCAGGUUCAAAACCCAGUCUGUCACAUAUUACCAGUACAGAACAUAUAUAUACAGUGUGGCCUAUAUUGAUUAUCUUUACCUCUCGUUAGAUAUUCAACUAUUUAAUUACUUGUAUUUGUCUUAGCGGUCUCACUCUGCCUUCUCCCUGCUGGAUGACAACGUUGUGAUGCAGUGCUCUGGAGUUUCCCAGGACUCUCAGCAGGGGCUGAAGAAGGAGGGAGGAGCGGCAGGGUUGGCCAACUGGAAGAGUGUUGACCGCCUGGACAACUCCAGUAAGACCCUGCUGGCCACUCUGCUAGUCAUUAUUCACACGCGCCAUUACAAUGGUCUUUCCACACACUUAGUUUAGUCAUUUUCAAAAUUACUUUUUUUUUUUCUUUUUUUUUUUCAAUUAUUUAUUUGCUUUACUUGCAUGUCCUAGACAAUUACCGUUUCAAGAUACAUACAAAUAUGUACUGUUCAAUAGGGGGAAAACAAACAAACAAAAUGACCUAUUAUUGAUGUACUGUGGUAAAAGACUGGUGGCUAAAGGCAUCCUCCCCUGUGUUUGUGUGUCUGCCUCUGUCUACUGCGUGUGUGUGUGUGUGGCAUCUGUCUACCCUGAUGUGUGUGUGUGUGUCCGGAGGUGCGUCCUCAGUGCUGAAGAGCCCAGAUGGGAACUGGAUGGCCCUGCAGAGCACCCAGCUGUCUCGGCCCAGCCUGCUGACCAAGAGGAAGUCGCUGGUAUUCAGUGUACUGGAGAGGGAGUCCGGUGUGAUCUCCGCCUACGAUGAGAUGGGCUCAGAUGACGCCGAGGGGGGAGAGGGGGCCUGGGGCGCCGCCCUGCUGGAGAUACGCAGAAAAAUGACCAACAACAACCAGGGGUCAGAGGCACCAGACGCCCAGGCCUCUUCUGACCAGCAGCACAGCCUCCCCUCACCCUUGCUGGGCUACCACGCCAGCACGGACACCCUCAACUCUGAGUCUGAGGUAGGAGAAGAUCAGAUUCAAGGUCAAGGGCCGAAGCCCCAGAAGCCUCUGCUCGCCGUCCUGAAGAGAAAGGUGCCUGUGGAGCACCGGUGCACCCCCUCGUCACGUCGGUCAUCCCGGCCGGGCAUCUUCGACGUGAACUUUAACCCUGAGGGGAUAGAGGCUGAGAGCAGCGGGGCUGAUGAGCUGGAGGAGGGGGGCAAAGUCAGGAGGACACGAAGGAGGAAGAGGACUAAGAAGGAUCAAGGGGAGGGAAGAGGAGAGGUAAAGCGAGACUGUCUGUCACUUUCACUUAUCAUGUUGGACUUCCAUUUUAUUUCUCUGAUAUCUUCUAUGUCUUCUAUCUGCUGUUAACAGGAGUAUAGCAACAUGCUGCUGGAUGACCUGUCCAAGAAACUAAGCGUGAAAAAGACCAGCCAGUCUGGCGCAGUCACCCCAGACACUCUGACUUUGGACGGUGGCUUGACCUCCAGGGCGCUGACCCCUGAAACAUGGGGUCCUGAGGGGGAGGCCCCCGGCUGUGGGGCCCCUGAGGGCCAGGGAGGAAGGACCACGGGAGUGACCAUCAAUCUUGAGCAGGAACUGACCAUCAGACUGAGGGAGCUGGCCAGCCAAGUCAGCCUCGCACACCUCUCAUCAACUGAGGACGAACUGGACAGACCGGGAGAGGACGAGGGAGGAAGGGAGGGAAGGAGAGAAGGAAACCAGGCGGAGGAGAGGUUAUGGCAUAUAGAAGUCGAGAUGGAAGGAGGGAGAGCGGGAGAGGGUGAGGAGGAGAAGAGGACAAAAGAAAGGGAGGGAGAUGGAGGAGGAGAGCUGAAGUCGACACUAAUCAAGCUAGCUAGUCAGGUCAGAGGCACAGAAUUCUCAUCCACUGAAGAUGAGUUGGACAGAGUGGGUAGGGUUGAGGAAGAAUGGGAGAGAGAGUGGGAGGAGAAGAGCGCAAAAAAGAGGGAGAGAGAAGGAAGAGAGGAGCUCACCGUCAAGUUGCGUAUGCUGGCUAGCCAAGUCACACAUUUCUCAUCAACAGAGGAAGAGCUUGACCGAGUGGGCGUCAGUGAUGGAGAGAUGGAGGAGAAGAGAGAAGGAGAGAGGGAGGGAGAGAAGGAAGAGCUGGCAUACAAACUGUGCAGACUGGCUAGACAGGUCAAUGCCGCGCAGUUAUCAUCAACCGAGGACGAGCUGGAUAAAGUGGGUCUCUAUGAUGAAGAGAUGGAGAAAGGGAGAGUGGAGAGAGAAGGAGAGAGGGAGGAGAUAGACGCGGAGGCACUGUGGGAGAUGGAGGGAGAUAAAGAGGAACUGACCUCCAAGUUGAGAGAUCUGGCCAGUCUCGUUAGCGCCUCCCAGUUCUCCUCUACGGAAGACGAACUAGAUAGAGUGGGAAAGAACGAGGGAGAGAGGGAAGAGGAGGAGGAGGAGGAGGAGGAGAGAGCAGAGGGGAGCAAAGUAGACAGACUGAAGUCGUCCAAUAGAGUGGCAGACUGGGUCAGAGAGAGACGAGGAUCGAUGGAGGGAAAGUGGCAUGGAGAGAGAUGGGGAGAGAUGGAGGGAGAGAGGAGGAGGGGACAGGUGGAGAGGGUGAGCGAGAAGCCCUGGUACCUGGGGGUGAUGAUGGAGGUGGAAGGGAGGAUGAGGAACGAGGAGAGGAGAGAUAGCGUCGGUGAACUAGACGUCAGACUCUUUGACUUUGAGGAUGAAAGUGAGAAAGAGGGAGAGCUGCAAAGCGAAGAGACGGACACAAAGGUAGAGGAAGAGGGAGUCAUGAAGGUACAGAGGAUGAUGGAGAGGAUGUUUGAAGGAGUAAGGGAAGGAAAGAGGGCAGGGGAAGCAGAGAGAAAGGUGGAAGGAGGAAUGGGAGAGGCAGAAGUGGGAGGAAGAGAGCGAGAAAGAACAGAAAGUGGGGACACUGUGGAGGAAGAGGUGAUGUUUGACAACAUAAUCAGCAGCCUAGUGAACACACUGGGUGGGAUGGAGGUAGAGAUGGAUGGAGAGAUGGUGGCGGACCCAGAAAGAGAAGAGAGAGAAGAGGAUAAGAACAAAACAAAAGUUAGAGAAACUGAGUUUAAGGAAGAAGAAGAGGUAGAUGAAUAUCUAAUUAAUGAGAUGCUAAUGUUAGAACAGCUUUCAGACAGGUUUGGCACUUUAGAUAAUACUGGAGUCAAACCUCAAGAGAAGGUUGGAGGGAAGAAAAGACUAAGAGACUCUUGGGAUAAGACAGUAGAGAGUGUCGUGGAGCGAGGUGGAAAGAAGGUUGGAGAGAAAGAUGAGCAGACUGAAACAGAGACCCAUAAAAGUCUCCUACCACAGAAUUUAAAUGAGAGAAAGGAACAAGUAUCAGACCAGACAAAGAAAGAGACAUCCCGAGACCUGGAAGAAGAGAGCAAGAGAGUAGAAAGAGGGGGAGAUGAAGGUGGGGAGGUGGAGGAGCAAACAAGUGAGAAGGAGAUGGAUGAUUUUGGGGAAAGAGAAGGGGAGAAUUUUGGGAAGAAUACAGACGAGAAAGAAAAAGAAACUGAGGGCAACCGAACUAAGGACCCAGAAGAGAGCUCCCCCUGUGUUCAGGAGGAGAUACUGUCUUCAGAGGAGAUCCAGAAUGUAAGAAACGAAAAGGACCUAGCUUCACCCAUAGAGAUACCAAAAUUGCUAUGUAAUUCUGUGGCUCUACCCUUUCGACAUUUCUAACCUCAAAGCAACUAACAGCUGUAACACUAACUCUGUGCUUGCUCCUCUAUACCCUUCUACUUUCCCUAUCUUUCCCCCCCCUCUGUCCUCCCUCGUUCCAUUGCUCUGUGUUAAUGAUGAGGACCUAGAAAACAUACUCCAGUUCCUUUCUGCUUUGCUACAGCAGGUGAGAUCACAAACUAACUGAUAACUUGACCGUGCUUUGGACACCGGGGGGUAGCGCUAUAUGCAAUCAAUCAACCAAUCAAACACUUUGUUUCUCUUGAAUCUGGCUCUUCUCUGCUUGUCUAAAACAGUUAUUCCCAAAUUAAUGGAUGUGUUACACACAGAGACCUAAGGCUUUUAGGGAUUGCAUAAAACUUGUGUAAAUCCAAUCGUGUGUGUGUCUGUGUGUGUGUAGAGGUACUCGGCGAUGUCACUGCGCAGUAUCACCACUGAGGUGCUGAAGGUGUUGAAUGCGACAGAGGACCUACUCCAGGGGGUGGAGGAGGGUGACUAUGCUUGUUCUCCUCCCUACACCCCCUCACUGCCCCUCAACACUGACACCAAGAGGCUGGACGAACAGCUCAGCAGACUGGAGGAGAACGUAAGACCUGUCUGUCUUUGUGUCUGUCUAUCCUUUAACAUAUUUCACUGUCCAUGUGGGUUCAAGAACACUGAUGCUAAUGUUAUAAAACUGCAAUGCCAACAGUCAGUCAGUCUGUCUGUGCCAACUGAACUGUGCCUUUCAGGUGUAUGUGGCGGCGGGCACAGCGUACGGCCUGGAGGCGGAGCUGGAUGACCUGGAGGAGUGUGCCCGGGCCAUCGGCGAUGCCACCUCUGACCUGGAGCUGUCCUACCUGGAAGAGCAUGUGGCAUCGGCUGCUGCCCAGAUCCAUCAGUCUGACCUCCAGGUGUGUUCAAGUCUGGAUGCCCUCUGUGUCUCAUAGCUAGUUAGUUAGUGUCCAAAAUGGCACCCUAUAUUCUCUAUGUAGUGCACGACCUUUGACCCGAGCCCUUUGUGGCAUUUCAGACGCAGACUUUUGCUUUGGAAAAAAGGAGAAAGCGGGGGAUUUUACCUCGGGUUUUACCUCGGGUAUGAUGACAUUAGAAUUAGAAAAUUUUAUGUUAUUGUAUGUUUGAAUGUUGGUGAUUGUCACAUAAUGAAAAUAGCAAAUAAAAUGUUUGAAUGAAAGAACUAGACAGAUGUCCAUAAUGUGGAUAUUUGCUUUAAAACAUACAAUUCAAUUGUGUUUUUAAGUCCUUUUAAGUUGAUCUGAGUGAGAGAAUAUUCAUGUUAUGUACUUUGUUGUAGGUGUCGGACAUUGCAGCCAGGAUCACAGCUCUGAAGAACGCAGGUCUCAACGUGGUCCCACAGAACCGUUUCACUAAGCCCAAGAAACAGCCUAAGGUACUGGACCAGACCAGGUCACUUAGCACGAGGACCAGGAGUUUUACCUGCUCAGGUCAUGUGGUCAGGAAAAACUCCUGGCCCUACGUGUCACUCACUAACAAUUUAUUUUAAACAUAUCUUGUGAUUUUCUAACAACAACUAAUCAAGUGGCACGUGACUCUCUGCAGCCACAAAUGUUGGACUUGUCAAGGCAAAAGAGGCGGCAGCUACCUGCUCCAACCUUGAAGGUUUAGAGAUAUAUAUACAUAUAUCUCAUUCAGUGGAGGCUGGUGGGAGGAGCUAUAGGAGGACGGGCUCAUUGUAAUGGCUGGAAACCACAUGCUUGACUCUGUUCCAUAAAUUCCAUGCCAGUCAUUACAAUAAGCCCGUCCUCCUAUAGCUCCUCCCACCAGCCUCCUCUGAUGUCAUUAUAUAUACAAAUAAAUAUAUAUAUAUAUAUAUAUAUAUAUACACACUGUAUGCCAAGAUAGUCACAUGUACUACAAUCACAUUAUUUCCUGUAUUCAGUAGUGUGUGGUCUUAUACUGUAUGUUGUUCUGUAUUUUGACCCACAUGCCUUAUCUCUUCUCAGAUAAAGAAACCUAAGCCGGACUGAUCAGGCAUGUUGACCCGUCAUGACCCCUAGCUUCCCCCCACACCAGUGCCUUGAGCCCCUUGUCCAUUCAGGACGGUGCCAUCCGUGUCCAGUCAGAGGGGUGCCACCUGCCUUUAACCAACCAUCAGGACAAUGCAGAGUACAGACUGACAGUAUUACCACUACCUUUGGCACUGUGGACAAAGACGAGAGUUAUAGAUUUGUUAAUAAUGAGAUGAAAAUAGUACAUACUUUAUGUAAAAAAUAAAAAUGGAUGAAGUUAAAAACAAAGCUGGUUUCAUUUAGAAUAUUUAUCGUAAAUAUCAUGUGACAUGUCAAUAAUUUCUUUAUUAUUGGACAUUUUAACCAAUCAGUAACCAUAUUGCCAUAUAAGGUAAUGAAGAGAACAUUGCUACAAUGAUGGACUCUAACAAGCUGUGUGGCUCCUGGCUGAAAGCUGUGAUUAAUACUACUGAUUGUUUUAACAUGUUUUAACAGUUAAAGGUCCAAUGCAGCCAUUUU